CACGCGAUGUUGUUAGUGCUAUGGCGUACCAGGAAGGGGAGUCGCUUGAAUCCUGGCUCAAUAAAGCCACCCAUCCGACAAACAGACAGGAGGACUGGGAGUACAUCAUGGGCUUCUGUGAUCAGAUCAACAAGGAGCUGGAAGGUCCUCAGAUAGCUGUGACUCUGCUCGUCCACAAAAUACACUCACCACAAGAAUGGGAAGCUCUUCAGGCUCUGACAGUAUUGGAGGCAUGUAUGAAGAACUGCGGGAGAAGGUUUCAUAAUGAAGUCGGAAAAUACCGAUUUUUGAACGAGCUGAUUAAAGUUGUGUCUCCAAAGUACAUGGGUGACAGUGCACCUGAGAAGGUGAAGCUGAAGAUUGUGGAGAUGCUGUACAGCUGGACGGUGGCUUUUCCAAAUGAAACCAAGAUCGGCGAAGCCUACCAGACGCUGAGGAGACAGGGCCUCGUGACGCAUGACCCCGAGUUACCGCUGGACAGGACUCUGAUUCCCUCUCCUCCGACUCGACCGAAACAUCCGGUGUUUGACAACGAGGACAUGGGCAAGCUGCUUGCUGAGCUUCUCCGGAGUAAAAAUCCAGAAGACCUCCAGGAAGCCAACAGACUAAUCAAAAACAUGGUGAAAGAGGAUGAGGCUCGAGUGCAUAAGGUUACAAAGCGUAUCCACACGCUGGAGGAGGUGAACAUCAAUGUCAAGCUGCUCACGGAGAUGCUGUCCCACUACAACAAAGACAGCUCCACCAACUCAGACAGGGAUAUCAUUAAGGAACUCUAUGAGCGAUGUGACAAGCUGAGGCGUGCUGCUUUCAAAAUGGCCACCGAGACGGAGGACAACGACACCAAUUUAGGUGACAUCUUGCAGGCCAGCGAUGACCUCUCCAGGGUCAUCAACGCCUACAAGAAGAUUGUCGAGGGGCAGAACAUCAAUGGUGACAGCGAGCAGCCUCGAUCCACAGCUGCUCAGAGCGAGAGCGAGACCACAGACACGCUGAUCGACCUCGCCGGCCUCGACACUCCGAGUCCCCCUCAGCCCGCCCCCCCUCCCUUCCAGUACUCAAAUCUGGUCUCCACCAAUCCCACGGCUUCUCCCAUCCCCGUCCUGCCUCCUCCUCCCAAGCGCCUGGUCAUCUCCCACGGCAGCCAGAGCAGCAGCCCGAGUCACCCCCCCCUCGACAAGGCCUCCGCUGCCCUCUCACUCCUCGACGAUGAGCUGCUGUCUCUAGGACUGAACGACCCCCCUAGCCCUCUGAGCAGCCAAUCAAAACCCAGGUUGAAUGAAUUGUCCAAUCAGUGGACUUCCUUACAGGCUCCAGCUGCAGGUGUGGAUAUGUUUGGCAGUGUGGCGUGUUCAGGUCCAGCUGUGCCUCCAGCUGUGCCUCCAGCUGAACCAGCUGCUGCCACACACAGUCUCCAGGACCUGCAAGACCUGGCCAUGAUGGGCUUUUCAGAUCACAAGAGUUUGUCCAUCCAGAUGGCGGCCAGAGGUAGCAGCUUUGGGUUGCCUGCAGCAGCACCCCCCCUCGUACCUGGGCGUGGCUCUCCCUCCUCGCCUUCUUUCCUCCAGGGAACGUUUCCCGGCUCUCCCGCUCUGUCCCACACCAAGGCGGCCCAGAGCCUGGGCUCCGCCCCGGGCAGCCCGCUGUUCCGCUCUCUGUCCCCCUGCCACCUGCCCCUCCAGGGCAGCCCGGCCAGAGCCACGGACUCCCUGAGCAGCGUGCACGUCCCUCCGGAGGCCAUCAGACCGAGUAAAGUGCUGCCCAUGACGGCCUACGAUAAGGACGGCGUUCGCAUGCUCCUCAACUUCGCAGCCGACUGUCCCCCCGGCAGGCCCGACGUGUUGGUAAUGGUGGUGUCCAUGCUCAACACGGCACCGCUGCUUGUUCACAAUGUGGUACUGCAAGCUGCCGUGCCAAAGUCAAUGAAGGUGAAGCUGCUGCCUCCAUCAGGAACAGAACUAGCACCGUUUAACCCCAUCCUACCUCCAGCCUCCAUUACCCAGAUCAUGUUGCUGGCCAACCCAACAAAGGAGAAGGUGCGUCUGCGCUUCAAGCUGGCCUUCGCACUAGGAGACCGUCUGUGCAACGAGGUUGGAGAGGUCGACCAGUUCCCCCCACCAGAGACAUGGGGUCAGCUAUAGAGGUGUGGGGGACCGGUUCAUGCUCCAUGAAGGUGUGUGUGUGUGCGCACAUCCAUCCCAGAGAGAAAGGGAUUCAGCUGCACUCGACCUUACAGCGUCACAUUCCUUAUAGUUGUUCAUUUUUCUGUUUGGCCAUUGUUAUCACUGGCAGUGAGAAGCUAACAGCAGAAACUAAAGUUGUAUUUAUACGGUGCUUGUAUACUUUUCUGCAGCACACAAACUAAAGAUAUACACUGGCAAGUAAGACAGCCGUGGUGUUUACAGGUCGAUGGUGUUAAGAUGAAUAUUAAAAGGGAUUUUCCCCAAGAUGAAUAUAACAGAUUUUAACGUGCUAUAAAUAAUCGAUGCAUCAGAGCUCAGCUCCUGACGGACGUGAUGGAUUGCAGUAUUGCAGAAUUGCUAACCUGUAAAGUUAGCAGAGCCUAAGAUACCCACAGCUGUGCUUUUAUUUAAUGUGUUCCUCUGAGCACUUUGUUAGCCCGCAGAAAAGAUAUUUGAAUAUAUCCAGACAUUUGAAAACAGGAUCCAGUAGAUUUCUGAAGAUGGUAAACUAAACUGGGAAAUGAAUCCCGUUUAGUGAGAAGUACUGAUUAUUUCAGACAUCAAGAUGUUUGACAUGGUUACCUGUUUAUCAUUUAUCCUAUUCAAAUAUGUAGUGGACCAACAAUAUUUAAUUUUGUGCUGUAAAGGAAACCGACUGCACUUAAGGUGGUUCAUUUGUAUUCAUGACUGUCGUUAUGUUUGAGUCCAACUCUGGUUUUAUUUCACGGAAUUAGUUUUUUCUUUUGAGAAUAAAUGAAAGGUGAUUGUUCCCAUUUCAGUGGUGAUGUUAGCAGUGGGUUAUCAUAUUUUUGUUUUUAUAUUUAAAGAUGAUUUACUCCUCUACCGAUGUCAGUGUUGGGAGUAUUUGUGUCUUAUUUAUUGUUUUCUGUUCCGUUAUAGUAUUUCAGUGCAUCACUGAACCUAGAAAAUGUGAACUGAAAAAAAAAUGUAAAUUUAAAGGGAAGUCCGUCACCAGGUGGAUGAAGUGUGUGUUCAGCAGUGAGGCUGUGCUGUGGGUAACGUUUCAUGAAUCAGUCCUGCUGAUCCUCCCGUAGGUCCCUCUGGUCGUCCUCAGCUCGUCAUAUGGGAUGCACAGACGAGGCGUGUACUGUACAUAGCGUGUAAUGUAGCUAUUCUUUAUUGUAUGACCGUGUGUUCGCUACCUGAAACAAAUAAAUACUUUCAACGGA